ACGUCACAAACCAACUUCUCUGCUGCGCAUCCCGCUCUCCCCGCUCACCAAUCCGUCAUAUCCGUCCGUCCAUUAGCCGGCGGCAAACUUCCCCGCCCUCCACUAUCCUUUCCUCCACAACUUCGCGCCACGCCCAAGGGGGGAAUGCCCGGAUGGUGGUUGAAUUGAAAAGCCGGCGCAAGCAGCAUAGGCCAGAAGCUUUGGUUGGUUGGUGCAAGCUCAAAAGCCGGCGCAACCAAAGCUUCUGAGCUUCUUCCCCAGCGCAGCUCAGCUCAGCUCGCUUUCCGUCGGACGAUAUUCGCUCAGCUGAACGAGAUCCACGAGCUGCGCGAGAUAAACCGACGACGAGCGAACAGCUAAUUCGCCGUCGCCGGUUUCGCCAACCCUAAUUUCUUCAGGCAGGUCAUCUCGUGCGAUUCGUUUCACCGUCAGCCAUGGAGGCGAUUGCGCAAGACGCGGCGUCGGUCGCGGCGAGGAGUGCGGCUCCAUCCAUGCCGCCUUCUACAGGGGGUGAGGCCAUUCAGCCCGCGCGGCGGUUCUCCAAGGCGCCUGACUUCUGGCUUCUCACGCCCAUCCUCUACGCGCCUGCCUUCCCCCUAAUUCGCAUCACUUUGCGCCACAGACCAAAGCUGAGAGACCGUCUCUUUGUCACGGCUGUAGCCAGUGCCUUCCUGCACGGAGCUUACAUGAACUACCGCUUCUACAACGCAGAGAGCUACCAGCAAUCACAAAGAGAAGUUUCGUAAGGGGGAAGAUAUGAGUUGUAGUUGAUGUACAAAUUUACACAGAAAACCUUAUGCUUGUUCUACAAACAUUCAAAUUUAUUAUCCCGUGUACC